CUAGAGAACGACCAAUUGACACGUGGGGAGCAUAAACGUCUCGGAGGCAUCUACCUUGGAGAGUUAGUCUGGGCUCUCAUCAAUAUACUCAUUGUGAAGAUUCUUAUGACCAAGCCCACCAAGCUUGUACUCAACUCCACACUAGCUGCUGCCUUUGCUGUUCGUGAUGUUGCACACUACACAGUUGCACGCACUCUGGAGCUCGCCAUGAAUGUACCGCGCUCCCUCCAAGAUGGGCGGACUAACAAUGUCUCCGCGUGUUUUCUUCGAGUCCGGCUUAUGUCAGGUCGCUAUCUUGUCAAACACGGUGGCAAGGGCGCCAUUUCUACACACUGCGUCGUUCAGCUGCGCUCUGAGGAUGACCGAGAGUCCAAUCUUAUAGACCAGGAUACGUCAAAGAUAUCCCUAUGGUCAAAAAGUCCACGCUGGAAAGAAACUUUUUUCCUUGGGCCCGUUUCAAUACUGAAGGACACACAGCUUAAAGUCCUCUGCGUUCACCAGGAGCGCGUUCCAGGAAAAUCCGGCUAUUGGGAUACUCUCUCGAGUUCUGCAGUUGGUGAGCUGAACGUGCCUCUCCUGGCCAUUGGCACAACCAAAGUCUCAUUGGAUACCUCAAAAAUGUUUUUGAAUCACCGCCAGAAGGCCACACCCACACGGGAACUCGUAGGAUGGUUCCAGUUGGGUCUACCCACAGCAGCUGCAAACGAUCUCUUUCCUCUAGAGGGUGCUGUUUCUGAUGGGCAGUCUCGCCAAGCUCGCUGCGUCGAGAAUUCUUACUCUCAUUCCAGUCAAGCAAUUCACUUUGCACCGCACUGCAGGCAGGUGAACGUGCUCACUGGGCAGAUCAAACUUGGCCUUCGCAUCAUCAGCCCCGAGCGCCUCAGGGUGUAA